GGGUCCCAGAUUUUGUGUCACUCAUUCAACAGCAAUAGAAACUGCCAGUGCCAAACUGAAGCUCUGGCACACAUGCCAAGAGAGACCAAGGGUGGACAUUGAUCCUUUUCCACAAAUGGUAUCACUGCUACCACUGACACCUAAGUCUUGCAUGCCCAGGAUACCACCUUACCUUCCUCAGGGGAAAAGUGCUGCUGGCAGUGUUGUCUUAGGGGGAUCAAGAAUGGAAAGCAUGCUGCAGUCUCUUUAUUUGGAGAACAGAGCAGGCUACUACUUCACACAAUUCUGUGAGAAGUCAGGGAAUAAGUUGUGGAAGAACAGCGCGUACUUUUGGUUUGACCUACAGGCUUAUCAUCAGCUUUUCUACCAAGAAACUCUUCAUCCUUUUAAAAUAUGCAAGCAAGCUCAAUUCCUUUAUGCAACUUACAUUGCCCCAUCUGCCAGUAUGGACAUUGGACUUCAUCAGAGUAAGAAAAACAUGAUUUAUCAGAAAAUUGACCCAGCUUUUGAGGAUCUUUUUGAUCCAGCAGAAGAAUACAUCCUCACUGUUCUGCUAGAACCAUGGAUGAAGAUGGUGGAAGCAGACAAAUACACUUAUGGAAAGGUGGAGUUGGUGGAAGAAACUCGACAGCUGGACUCCGUGUACUUUAGAAAGCUCCAGGCUUUGCAUCAAGAGAGUGGUUCCAAGAAGGAUGAGAGUACUGUUGCUGACACUGGUCUGCCAUCCUGCCCUGAUGCCCUCAAAGAAGAUCAGCACUUGCAUCAAGUUCCCAAAGAAUUGGCAGGUCCUAAUCUAUCUGACCUGAUCCACAACGAAGAGAAGUUAGAACAGUUCUGGGCUUUUCUUAAUGAGCAUUCUGCCAGCAUGGAUCUCAUGUGCUGGCUAGAUAUUGAACAGUUCAGAAAGAUGUUCCACAAGGAUAAAGAAAAAAGGGAGGAAAAAUCUAAGGACAUUAAAAACAAGUACUUAAACAAAAAAUACUUCUUUGGACCCAACAGCCCAGCUACCAGAGAACAACAAGAACAGCUAAUGCAUUCAGGUGGAGGAUGGGGACAAAUACUUCAUGAUCGACUUUCGGCAGUGGUUCUGCUAGAAAUUCAGCAAUGCGUCCAGAAGAGAUUAGAAGAACAAUGGCUGCCAUUGUUCCUGGCAGAUGAGCACCAUGGGGCGGAGGGACAAGCAAAGGUAAGGGACAUAACUGAAGAUCUUCCAUGCCAAAAAAAGAAGACAGCUAGGAUGUGGAAGCAUGUGGACAAUAAAUGGGUUUCUUCAUCUAGUGAAAUAAUUGCUUUCCGCAAAGUGCUGUUGAAUCCAGUGACAGCAAAUCAGUUUCAACGCUUUGUGUCACUGAAGGGAGACCUACUGGAAAAUGGAGUGCUUUUUUGGCAAGAGGUACAGAAGUAUAAGGACUUGUGCCAUUCUCAUUGUGAUGAUGUCACAGUCCAAAAAAAGAUCACAGCUAUUAUUGACUGCUUUAUUAAUUCCGCUGUACCCCCAGCUUUGCAGAUUGACAUCCCAGCUGAACAAGCAAAGAAGAUUCUGGAGCACAAGAAAGAACUAGGACCUUACAUUUUUAGAGAAGCACAGAUGACUAUUUUUGCUCUUCUGUUUAAAUUUUGGCCAAAAUUUUGUAAGUUUCGAAGCAAUUUGUCUAGUGACAAAAUUCUACUUGCCUUGGAGAGAAAAAAAGGAAAAAAGAUGAGAAAGAAGGAAGGCAAAACAGCAGAGGGUAAAGAAGUGGAGACAAAACUCAUCAGUCUGUCAAGCAGUGCUUCAGUAGAUAAGAUUGGUGUGGAGAGAGGACCAACAUCAUUUUCAAAUGGAUAUGGGUGGCAGGCUUCCUGGUCCUAUUCCAAGUACAUAGAAGCCUUGGAGCAGGAAAGAAUACUCCUUAAAAUGCAAGAAGAUCUGGAGAGAAACUCAUCAUCAUUCUUUACAG